GCUUUGUUCUUGUGAGUUGAUGUGUCAUUUCAAGAACGGACUGGGGGCACCUGGUUUCAGAUGCCAGUUGGAGCAUCCUCAGGCUCAUUAAUAAUGGAGGAGUCUGGCCGGAGCAGCCUUGCUCGCCUUUGUUUCCCCUGGAGAAGACGGGAGACAUGGAUCUUUCUGUUUUGCCCAAUAACAACCAUCCUGACAAAUUCCUGCAGCUUGAUGUGAAGUCUCUAAUGAAGAGCCCGGCCCUGCAGCAGGCCAGUCUUGUGAGACUGCUGGGUGGAAACUACCCUGCUGCACAACACUGGCAAAACCUUGUCUACUCACAGAAAGAAAAGAAGAAUGUCACUGCUCAACGAGUCAAAGGAUCCAGCGGGGUGGUCUCUGUCAUUGCCGAUAGCCCUCCACCAUCCAUGUCCUCAGUUAUGAAAAAUAACCCACUCUAUGGUGACAUAAGUUUGGAAGAAGCUAUGGAAGAAAGAAAAAAAAGUCCUUCCUGGACUAUUGAGGAGUAUGACAAGCAUUCUUUGCACACAAACCUCUCUGGACAUCUAAAGGAAAACCCUAACGACCUACGGUUUUGGUUGGGAGACAUGUACACACCGGGUUUUGACACCUUGUUGAAAAAGAAAAAGAAGCACGACAAGCAAUCAAAAUUAUGUCGUGUAGGUUUGAUUGUUCUCCUUGUUGCCUCCAUCUUGAUAACCAUAGUGACUGUCAGCACUUUAUUCACCUAAAGAAACUGCCACAGAGCCACCUUCCAUUUUUAAACAAGACUCAUAAAUAUGUGCAAAGAAGUCUUCAUGUAGUAUGAAUGUGCCGUUGAUUGUACAAUUAAAGGUCAUUGCUCUGUGGAAUGUGAGCAUCGUUUAUGAUACGCCCCGUUUCGUUCUCUGGAACCUGUGUACAAAUUCCAGCCUGCACUUUUUCCUUUGGGAAGCAAAUCUGAGGAUCACAACCACAGAAAAGCCAUUAUACAAGCAAAGUUAAACAUUCUUAUCGAGGAAAAACCAGCAUCAGUGAUUAUCAGCAGCAAUGUCUCAAUACUGAAACUUUCUUUGCCUUACUUUAAAAAUACCACCAGUUCCUCUUCACCCCUUCCACCUAAGGCACUAUGGAAGACUGACCUGGUCAUUGUUGGACCAAGAACCAGGUAGACAAGCCAAAAGCUUUUAGUUGUGCUGUCAGUUGGUUUGGAGUCAUUCUCUGUCUUAUCUUCCUUUAUUGCUGUAUAAGUCAGCUGGGGGAAAAAAAGUGUUGGGGGAAGAGUUUGCUCAAUUCUAUUCUUAUUUUCUAAGUAUUUUUCGUAAUACACCUAGUGUUCCAUUUAGCAAAACUAAACUUGGACAAGUCAUAGUGCUGUGGUUAAUUAUAUUUUGACCCAAUUGUGCUUAUUAAUUGAUCCAAAUUGUCUAGUGUGACCUCUGAUAGAGGUCAAUAUAUGUCGCCAGCCAUGGUCUAGCUGGAAGGCCCUAGAAAAGCAAAAGACAUUGCCAAAAGAAUGAGUUUGAGCUCUGACCAUGACAUUGUUAAACUAUUGGACCCCAAGCAAUAUAUUUUCUCAGAGAAGGGAUAACACCACCUCCCCAGUGAAGCUGACUAAGGCUAAAUAAGAAACAGAAGUGAGAACAAUGCCAGGCUCCCAGGAUUUAAUUGCUUAGUUAGUGGCAGUUGUUAUUACUGAUUUAUGUCAGCUGAGUGGCAUCCUGGGCUCAUCUUUCCUGGCCUGCAGAUAAUUGGGCACAGGGUUCUGGGUGUAGAUCAUGCAGCUGCUGCUCUCCUGUCCUCCCACAGAAUCCUUCCCUGAGGCCCUCACUGCCGCUCCUUCCUCUUCUUUAGAAGUCACUCUGAAGAUGUCUUGUGCAUGAAACGAAAGAGGGUCUUUCUCCUUUUCCCCUUAGCCUAAAGUAUGCUUUUGUUCCUUGACUUUUCCAUAUUAUUUUGUAUAUUUCUCUUAAUACAUAUUUGAAACCAAGCACAUUAAAGCACAGCUUUCCUGGUCAAUAAAAUCA